AUGACGAAGACGGUGAACGACCUGGCCACGUUGCCUUGCUUGGACGCAAGGGCUAUUCUGGAACAUCUGCGAUCGAGGCAUGCCAGCAAUCAAUACUACACAUAUAUCGGCGAUGUUGUUGUUGCUGUCAACCCUUUCAAAAGGCUCAACAUCUAUGGAAAACAGUAUCACUACAAAUACCAGAAAGCCAAACUUCGGAGUGACCUGAAACCCCAUAUCUUCUGGUUGGCUGACCACGCCUACAAGCGCAUGCGCGAGAGACGAUCGCCGCAAUGCAUUCUGGUCAGCGGGGAGUCUGGGUCUGGAAAGACGGAGAACUCUAAGUUAAUGGUUCAGCACAUAACCUUCAUAUGUCAGAGUAGCCAUCCGUUCCUGGAGGCCAAAAUCAACGAGGUGAAUCCAUUGUUAGAGGCAUUUGGGAAUGCCAAAACUGCAAUGAAUGACAACUCUAGUCGGUUUGGCAAAUAUCUAGAACUGAAGUUCACACCAGCUGGAAUACUUACAGGAGCUAAGAUCACGGACUACCUACUGGAGAAAACUCGCGUUACCCAACAGGGGGCGGGCGAGAGGAGCUUCCACAUCUUCUAUUACCUGUUUGCCGGCAUGACACGAGAGGAGCUGAGUAAUUACUACCUGGAAACACCUGAGGACUACAGGAUACUUCGCGACGAGGCCCGCGGAGGACCGGUAUUCAACUCAGCUGCUGAUAUAGAAAGCCACAGACUGAUGUUCCACAAACAACUGAACAUCCUAAAACUUGUGGGCUUCACGGAAUGGGAGAUUUCAAUGAUUUUCACUUUGCUGGGCGCUGUUCUCCACACCACAAAUAUCACCUUGCCAAAACACGAAGAAUCGGACCUUGUCUAUAUUGUGGACGAGUUGCCAUUACACAUUGUGUGUAAAUUGAUGGGAUUGAACGAAGCGGCCGUGGCGGAGUCCCUUUCUCCAGUGCCACAUACACCAGAGGGAGCGAGUCAUCAUGAACAAAAACCUCCACCAAGCGAAGGAUGGGUCGGGAUGCUAUCGCCAAGGCGCUGUAACGCACGGCUGUUGGCUGAUUGCAAAAAACUCGACUUGAGCGUGGGAAUAUUGGAUAUGUCUGGAUUUGAAAACUUCACCAACAACAGUUUUGAACAGUUGUGCAUCAACGUGGCCAAUGAGCAGAUGCAAUAA